GAGAUCGGAGCGGUGACCAUUGUCAUUUUCAUGGUGCCGUUCAUCCUGUGCAGUAAUUUGUUGGUGAUCGCCAGCGUCAUCCGGUACCGACGCCUGCACACGCCAACAAACUACUUCAUCACGUCGCUCGCGGCCGUGGACAUUCUGGUGGCGCUGGCCUUGCCGUUCGUCGUGGCCAUCGAGGUCUUCCAUUUUGGCGGCGCCGACGGUCCUCAUGAUGUGGUCCUGUGCCUGUUGCCCAACCGUGUCCUCAUGAUGGCCUGCGGCGUCUCCGUCUUAACACUGGCCGCCAUCGCCUACGAUAGACACACGGCGCUGGUAUCGCCGUUGGAGUAUGUGAACAUUAUGACGUCGCGUAAGGUCACGGUGCUGGUGGCCUUGACCUGGAUCUAUUCAGCUUUCAUCGUGUGGCUGCCUCUGAUGAUUGGCUGGUAUGAUGUGCCUACGGAACUCGCGCCGUGUUCGGCGAACCUGCUCAAAAGUGGCGCCCCUGUUCUCUUUUUGAGCGCCAUUUUCGCACCAUCGUGCAUCGCGAUUCUGGUCUGCUACUUUCGGAUUUUUAUGGUUGCGCGCCAUCACGCGAAAGCCAUCGCGGCGGUGGAGUUUGCUGUUCAUCGGCGUCUGCAGGUGAAGUUCAUGAUCAAAGACACAAAAUACGCUAAGACAUUAGCUCUCGUCAUAGGCGUGUUCCUUGCUCUGUGGUUCCCGUAUCUGGUGUACAUCUUCAUUCAGACCGUGUGCCCCAUAAGGUUCGACAUCUGGGUGACCACCUACCUGAUCCUCCUCGCCGCCUUCAACAGCGGCAUCAACCCGUGGAUCUACGCCUUCAAGAACAAUGAGUUUCGCGCCGCCUUCAAGCGGAUGUUCAAGGAGUUCUGCAAGGAGAGGUUCUGUGCGCCCGUGGACAGGCGGGCCAGCCUCGUGUCCACCAUCAGCACCACCCCGCGGCUCAGCAGGACCG